AUGGGGGCCCCGGCGCCCGCGUUCUGCCUGCUAGUCGCUUGCGUCUGGCUGACCCGGGGUGAGCCGGCAGGGGAGUCCCUGCCGCUACAGUCUCUCGCCGCAGCACCCACACCCUGGGGCAAUGCAGAGCUGCAGCUUGAGCCAGCCCAGGAUCCCAGCCACAGCCAUCAGGAGGCGAUCCUUGCCAUAGGGGAUGCUACAACAGUGAUGGGAGGCCAGGAGGCUGAAGCCCUGGACUCCUUGGCCAUGUCUUCCUGGGAAAGGCGACUCCAUCGGGCCAAAUGUGCACCAUCUUACUUGUUCUCCUGCUUCAACGGGGGUGAGUGUGUGCACCCGGCCUUCUGCGACUGCAGACGCUUCAAUGCCACUGGGCCGCGCUGCCAGAUGGUGUACAAUGUCGGCCCCGAGCGGGACAGCAUCUGCCGGGCGUGGGGACAGCAUCACGUGGAGACAUUUGAUGGCCUCUACUACUACCUGUCUGGGAAGGGCAGCUACACCCUGGUGGGGCGCCAUGAACCCGAGGGGCAGACCUUCUCCGUCCAGGUGCACAACGACCCGCAGUGUGGCUCUUCCCCCUACACCUGCUCCAGGUCUGUCAGCCUCUUCUUAGCGGGUGAGCAGGAGAUCCGUCUGGCCAAGGAGGUCACCCAUGGAGGCAUAAGGGUCCAGCUGCCACAUGUGAUGGGGAGCAUGCGCCUGCAGCGGCUUGCUGGCUACGUUCUCGUGCGGCAUCAGUCGGCCUUCACGCUGGCCUGGGAUGGCACCUCGGCUGUCUACAUUAAAAUGAGCCCUGAGUUCCUGGGCUGGACCCAUGGGCUGUGUGGGAACAACAACGCCGACCCCCAGGACGACCUGGUGACCAGCUAUGGGAAGCUGACGGAAGAUGUGGCUGAAUUUGUGCACAGCUGGCAGGAGCAGGCCCCCAACCAGCCUCCAGGGCCCACGACCUCCUCCCUGCCUCGCCCUCCGUGCCUGCAGCAGAGCCUGGGAACCAUGCAGGGUGUGUAUGACCGCUGUGAGGCACUGCUGCGGCCCCCCUUUGAUGCCUGCCAUGCCUAUGUCAGCCCUCUGCCUUUCACGGCCAGCUGUACCAGCGAUCUCUGCCAAUCAGCGGGUGAUGAAGCCACCUGGUGCCGGGCACUGGCAGAGUAUGCCCGGGCAUGUGCCCAGGCAGGUCAGCCCCUGCAGGGGUGGAGGAACCAGCUCCGGCCAUGCACGGUGCGCUGCAAGGAGAAGGCCUUUAUCUACAACGAGUGCAUCGCCUGCUGCCCCGCCUCCUGCCAGCCCCGGGCAUCCUGUGUGGACAGCGAGAUAACCUGUGUGGACGGCUGCUACUGCCCCGACGGGCUGAUCUUCGAGGAUGGGGGCUGCGUGGCACCAGCUGAGUGUCCCUGUGAGUUCCACGGGACCCUGUACCCGACUGGUUCUGUGGUGAAAGAAGACUGCAACUCCUGCACAUGCACUGCGGGCAAGUGGCUGUGCAGCACAUCUGUCUGCCCAGCCGAGUGUUCAGUGACUGGCGGCAUCCACUUCACGACCUUUGAUGGCCGCCGUUACACGUUCCCUGCCACGUGUCACUACGUCCUCGCCAAGAGCCGCUCCUCGGGCACCUUCACAGUGACACUGCAGAAUGCCCCAUGUGGCCUGAACCAGGAUGGAGUCUGUGUCCAGUCAGUGUCAGUGAUUCUGCAUCAGGACCCUCGGAGGCAGGUGACCCUGACCCAAGCAGGGGAUGUCCUUCUGUUUGACCAGUACAAGGUCACGCCACCCUACACAGAUGACGCCUUUGAAAUCCGGAGGCUCUCGUCCGUGUUCCUGCGCGUGAGGACCAACGUGGGUGUACGGGUGCUCUACGACCGCGAAGGACCGCGGCUGUACCUACAGGUGGACCAGCGAUGGGUAGAGGACACCGUGGGCCUCUGCGGCACCUUCAACGGCAACACGCAGGACGACUUCCUGUCCCCAGUGGGUGUGCCUGAGAGCACCCCACAACUCUUUGGCAAUUCUUGGAAAACACUGUCCGCCUGCUUCCCGCUGGUCUCUGGCUCCCCGCUGGACCCCUGUGAUGUGCACCUGCAAGCCGCCUCCUAUGCCCUGCAGUCCUGCAGCGUGCUCACUGGGGAGCUGUUUGCACCCUGCUCCGCGUACCUGAGCCCCGUGCCCUACUUUGAGCAGUGCCGCCGGGACGCCUGCCGCUGUGGGCAGCCCUGCCUGUGUGCCACGCUGGCCCACUAUGCCCGCCUGUGCCAGCGCCAUGGGCUCCCCGUCGACUUCCGCGCCCACCUGCCAGCCUGUGCACUGUCCUGUGAGGCUACCAAGGAGUACAGCCCCUGUGUGGCUCCGUGUGGACAAACCUGCCAGGACCUAGCCGGCCCUGAGGCCUGUGGAGUUGAUGGUGGCGGCGACCUCAGCGGGGACGAGUGUGUGGAGGGCUGUGCCUGCCCACCAGACACCUAUCUGGACACCCAGGCUGACCUCUGUGUUCCCAGGAACCAGUGCUCCUGCCACUUCCAAGGAAUGGAUUAUCCCCCUGGAGACAGUGACAUCCCGUCUCUGGGCCACUGCCACUGCAAAGAUGGGGUCAUGAGCUGUGGUAGCAGAGCCCCAGCUGCUGCCUGUCCAGCAGGCCAGGUCUUCGUGAACUGCAGUGACCUGCACACCGACCCUGAGCUGAGCAGGGAGAGGACGUGUGAGCAGCAGCUGCUGAACCUGAGCCUGAGCGUGCCAGCCCGUGGCCCCUGCCUCUCAGGAUGCGCCUGUCCCCAAGGCCUGCUCAGACACGGGGAUGCCUGUUUCCUGCCAGAGGAGUGCCCAUGCACUUGGAAGGGGAAGGAGUACUUCCCUGGGGACCAGGUCAUGUCUCCCUGCCAUUCCUGUGUGUGCCAGCGCGGCUCGUUCCAGUGCACCCUCCACCCCUGUGCCUCCACCUGCACCGCCUAUGGCGACCGCCAUUACCGCACGUUUGAUGGGCUCCCAUUUGACUUCGUGGGAGCAUGCAAAGUGCACCUGGUCAAGAGCACAUCCGAUUUCAGCUUCUCUGUGAUUGUAGAAAAUGUAAACUGCUACAGCUCUGGCAUCAUCUGCAGGAAAUUUAUUUCCAUCAAUGUUGGGAACUCACUCAUCAUCUUCGAUGACGACUCAGGAAAUCCCAGUCCGGAGAGCUUCCUGGAUGAGAAACAGGAGGUCCACACGUGGCGAGCAGGGUUUUUCACGCUGGUGCAUUUCCCACGGGAACACAUCACCCUCUUAUGGGACCAGAGAACCACGGUGCACGUUCAGGCGGGGCCACAGUGGCAGGGCCAGCUGGCAGGACUCUGUGGGAACUUUGACUUAAAGACCAUCAAUGAGAUGAGGACCCCAGAGAAGUUAGAGUUAACUAACCCCCAGGAGUUUGGUGGCAGUUGGGCUACAGUUGAGUGCCCAGACACCCUCGACCCCCGAGACACGUGUGUCCUGAAUCCUCUCCGAGAACCCUUUGCCAAAAAGGAGUGCAGCAUCCUGCUCAGCGAGGUGUUUGAGACCUGCCACCCUGUGGUCGAUGUCACUUGGUUUUACUCAAACUGCCUGACAGACACAUGUGGGUGCAGCCGGGGCGGUGACUGUGAGUGCUUCUGUGCCAGCGUGUCUGCCUAUGCCCACCAGUGCUGCCAGCAUGGGGUGGCCGUUGAUUGGAGGACCCCGCGCCUUUGCCCAUAUGACUGUGACUUCUUUAACAAAGCACUAGGUAAGGGCCCCUACCAGCUGGCCAGCUUGGCAGCCAGCGGUGCCCUGGUGGCCGUGAAGGUGGCAGGCGGUGCCAUAGUCCUAGUGAGAGCAGAGGAUGUGGCGCCGGGGGACAUUGUGAACUUCCUGCUGACGGCUGCCCUGUACAAGGCCAAGGCCCACGACCCAGAUGUGAUAUCCCUGGAGGCAGCGGACAGACCCAACUUCUUCCUCCACGUCAUGGCCAAUGGGUCUCUGGAGCUGGCCAAGUGGCAGGCCAGCGAUGCCUUCCACCACCGUGCCUCCUUCUCGCUGCACCGGGGGACGUGGCGUGCGGGCCUGGUGGCCCUGGAGUCCCUGGCGGAGCCCGGGGCCUUCCUUUACGUGUUGGGCCCAGUGCUGGCCCUCCGGCUGUACGAGCACACGGAGGCCUUCCGCCGGGGCACGCUGUUCCGCCUUCUGGAUGCCAAGCCCUCGGGGGCUCCCUACCCCACCUGUGAGUGGCGCUACGAUGCCUGUGCCAGCCCCUGCUUCCAAACCUGCCAGGACCCACGGGCAGCCAGCUGCCGGGAUGUGCCCAGGGUGGAAGGCUGUGUGCCUGUGUGCCCCACCCCCAGGGUCCUGGAUGAAGUCACACAGAGAUGCGUCUACUUGGAGGACUGUGUGGAGCCUAUGGUUUUGGUUCCCACGGAGGCCUCUGGCAACGAGACCCUGCCUCCCGGUCAAGAGCUGCCCACCCCCAGUGACGAGGAGCUGCAGUUUCCACAGGAAGCUCCCGGGGCCUCAUCCCACAGGCCAGCACCCACACCAGCUGUCCCGCUCACCACGGCCCUGAACCCACCCAUGGCAGCCACUGAGGGGCCAGCUCUGUCUCCAGGCCCCACCCAGGCCACUCAGAAGCAGCCACCGGGGGUCACUGCAUCUAACGUCCCUGAGCACCCCACAGAGGCCCCGGCCAGCACGGGAGUGACCGCCAGCCACCUGGCCACCCCCCGUGUCCCAGAGCCCUCAUCCCUUCCCCUUUCACAGCAGAUGCCCACAUCAGGCGUGGGGUCGGGUGCCAUGGAGACGACCAGGGUGACGGUGAUCUUUGCAGGGAGCGCCAACCUCACAGUCUCCUCCCCGUCACCCCCUGCACCUCGCUCCCCUCUCGUGACCAAAGCCGUGACGGUCCUAGGCCUCGGCUCCUUGCCUGUUAAGACGACACCCCUCCAGCCCUCCCCGAGCCUGGAGUUGCCUGCAGGUCCCUCCUCCAGGCCUGUGGCUUCCCCUGCAGUGACCUCCAGGCCUCGCACUUCCUCAGGAUCCCACGAGGCUUUGCCGACACCUGCAAUGACGGAGGUCGUGACGGGGACAGGGAUCCCCCAGCCCGUACAGUCCCCGAGCGUUUCCAGUCCCAGCAGCCCCCCAGCUGAGGCUAGAACAGCCGCAGAACAGAUCCCUGCCAGUCCCCUGGUGACCGAGAUGGUGGAGACAGCGCCAUCCACAGAGAAGGUCCAACCUGGGCCCAGCCAGGCCGCGGGCCCACCAGCAUCCCCACUGCCAAGCCCAUUCCCCACGGCCCCACCCCGCCCCACCCCGCAUGCCACCGCAGCCGCCAGGCCUCCCGCUCUGCCCUCGGGGCCUGCAGCUGCCGCCAGCCUGUCCACAGUCACUCAUGGGCUGGGGGCCACACCCUUCACAUCUCUGGAGUCAACUCGGCCACCCCAGCUCCUCUCUGGUCUGCCUCCCGACACCAGCCUGCCCCUGGCCAAGGUGGGCACGUCUGCCCCAGUGGCCACAGCCGGCCCCAGCGUGUCUGCCAUCCCCCCUCCACUCCAGCAACAGGCCACAUCUCUCGCCGUGGCCACGACUCUGCCUGCUCGGACACUCAGCCCCACACUGCCUCUCACCCCGGCUGUCCUGGCCCAGGUGCACCCGCCCAGUCAUGUGGUCCCUGAGGCAACAGGCACAGCCUCCACAGUAUCUGCUGGCCCACGAAAGAGCACCACGGAGAAGAUUGCCAUCCUGUCCGAGCAAGUGUCUCAGCCCACCUGGAUAUAUGGCUCUGCCCAGGGAGGCCCCACAGAGCUCACACCUGCUGUGGCCCACACUGCUGCUACCUUGGUGAUGGAGGUUGAGGGCCCCUGGGCCGGCACAGUACCACCGGUGCCCACGUCCUACCCGCUGAGCAGAGUCUCAGCCAGGACGGCCUCCCGAGAGAGCUUGCUGGUUCUGCUCCCCCAGCUGGCUGAGGUCCAUGGCACCUCGGCAGGACCUCAGCCCCCAGCAGAGCCGGAGGGAGAGGCUACCACCGAGCAGUCUGGGCGCUCGGCUCCCGCCCAGAGCAUCUCGGCAGGUUCGGCCGAGGCCUUGGUCACCACCCCUGAAGCCAGUACAUCUGCCACCUGUGUCCCAAUCGCCGAGCAGGACUGCGUCCGCCACAUCUGCCUGGAGGGCCAACUGAUCCGAGUGAACCAGUCCCAGCACUGUCCCCAGGGCGCUGCGCCCCCUCGCUGUGGGGUCCUGGGCCUCGCAGUGAGGGUGGGCGGGGACCGCUGCUGCCCCCUCUGGGAGUGUGCCUGCCGGUGCUCAGUCUUCCCUGAUCUGAGCUUUGUCACCUUCGACGGGAGCCACGUAGCCCUGUUCAAGGAGGCCAUCUACAUCCUCAGCCGGAGCCCCGACGAAAUGGUCACUGUCCACGUCCUCGACUGCAAAAGUGCCAACCUGGGGCACCUGAACUGGCCGCCAUUCUGCCUGGUGAUGCUGAAUGUGACUCACCUGACCCAUCAGGUCACCAUUGACCGCUUCAGCCGGAAGGUGUCUGUGGACUUGCAGCCUGUGUGGCCCCCUGUGAGCAGGUACGGGUUCAGAAUUGAGGACACAGGCCACAUGUACAUGAUCCGGACGCCAUCACACAUCCAGAUCCAGUGGCUCCACAGCUCAGGACUCAUGAUCCUGGAGGCCAGCAAAGCCAGCAAGGCCCAGGGCCGUGGCCUCUGCGGUAUCUGUGAUGGGGACGCAGCCAAUGACCUCACCCUGGAGGAUGGCUCUGUGGUGGGUGAGGCCGAGGACCCUGCUCCCUUUCUGGACAGCUGGCAGGUGCCCAGCUCCCUGACCUCGGUGGGCCAGACCCGCUUCCGCCCGGACAGCUGUGCCACGGCCGACUGCUCUCCCUGCCUUCGCAUGGUGUCCAACCACACAUUCAGCGCCUGCCACCGCUUUGUCUCCCCGGAGUCAUUCUGUGAGCUGUGGAUCCGGGACACCAAGUACGUGCAGCAGCCCUGCGUGGCACUGACCGUGUACGUGGCCAUGUGCCACAAGUUCCACGUGUGCAUCAAGUGGCGGCGCUCCGACUACUGCCCUUUCCUGUGCCCCAGCGACUCCACAUACCAGGCAUGUGUGGCAGCCUGUGAGCCCCCCGAGACGUGCCGGGAUGGGAUGCUGGGCCCGCUGGACCCAGAGCAGUGCCAGGUGCUGGGCGAGGGCUGUGUCUGCUCUGAGGGCACUAUCUUGCACCGGCGCCACUCGGGGCUCUGCAUCCCCGAGGAGAAAUGUGCCUGCACAGACAGCACGGGGGUGCCGCGGGCCCUGGGGGAGACCUGGAACAGCUCCCUCAGUGGCUGCUCCCAGCACCAGUGCCAAGCUCCGGACACCAUUGUCCCAGUGGGCCCGGGCUGCCCAGGCCCCCGCCCUGAAAGCUGCCCACGCUUUGGGGAGGUGGCUCUGCUCCUGCCCACCGAGGAUCCCUGCUGCCUGGGGACUGUUUGCGUGUGUAACCAGACUCUGUGUGAGGGCCUCGCCCCCACCUGCAGCCCAGGCCACCGACUCCUCACCCACUUCCAGGAGGACUCCUGCUGCCCCAGCUACAGCUGUGAGUGUGACCCAGACCUGUGUGAGGCAGAGCUGGUCCCCAGCUGUCGCCAGGACCAGACCCUGAUUGCGGGCCGCCUGGGGGAUUCGUGCUGCACCUUCUACUUCUGUGCCUGUGGCGACUGUCCAGAUCCCAUCCCCGAGUGUCAGGAAGGGGAGGCGCUCACCGUGGACAGGAACACCACGGAGCUCUGCUGCCCUCUGUACCAGUGUGUGUGUGAGAGCUUCCGCUGUCCCCACAUGCAGUGUGGCAUGGGCGCUGCCCUGGUGGAGGUGUGGAGCCCAGACCGCUGCUGCCCCUACAAGUCCUGUGAGUGUGACUGCGACACAAUCCCAGUGCCCCGGUGCCGUCUGGGGGAGAAGUCCCAGCUGGACGAGGCGUUCAUGCACAGCGCGGGGAACGUGUGUGGCUGCACCAAAUACGAGUGCGUGAAGGCCCCCGUGUGUCUGAGCCGCGAGCUGGGGGUGAUGCAGCCGGGCCAGACGGUGGUGAAGGUCUCGGCAGAAGGCGUGUGCCACACAUCACACUGCACCGCCGUACUCGACCCUCUUACCAGCUUCUACCAGAUCAACACCACCUCCGUGCUGUGUGACGUCCACUGCGAGGCGAACCAGGAGUAUGAGCACCCGAGGGACCUGGCGGCCUGCUGCGGCUCCUGCAGGAACGUGUCCUGCCUCUUCACUUUCCCCAAUGGCACCACCUCCCUGUUCUUGCCCGGGGCAUCCUGGAUCGCAGACUGCACCCGCCACCACUGCAGCAGCACACCCCUGGGCGCCGUGCUCGUCCGCUCGCCCAUCAGCUGCCCACCACUCAACGAGACCGAGUGUGCCAAGGCUGGGGGCUCGGUGGUACCUUCCUUGGAAGGAUGCUGCAGGACAUGUAAAGAGGAUGGACGCUCUUGCAAGAAGGUGACUAUCCGCAUGACCAUCCGCAAGAAUGAAUGCAGGAGCAACACCCCUGUGAACCUAGUGUCCUGCGAUGGGAGGUGUCCGUCCGCCAGCAUCUACAACUACAACAUCAACACCUACGCCCGCUUCUGCAAGUGCUGCCGCGAGGUGGGCCUGCAGCGGCGUUCUGUGCAGCUCUUCUGUGCCACCAAUGCUACCUGGGUGCCGUACAUAGUGCAGGAGCCCACUGACUGUGCCUGCCAGUGGUCCUGA